UUCAGUGCCCGGAUUCUAGACUACAUGGAUGCAGGAAACCAAACAGGUGUCUCAGAACUCCUCCUCUUGGGACUGUCAGAGGAUCCAGAACUGCAGCCCCUCCUCUUCAGGAUGUUCCUGUCCAUGUACCUGGUCACCGUGCUUGGGAACCUUCUAAUCAUCCUGGCUGUUACCUCUGAUGCCCACCUCCACACCCCCAUGUACUUCUUCCUCUUCCACCUGUCUUUUUCUGAUAUUUGUUUCAAUUCCACUGUAGUUCCAAAAAUGCUGGUGAACAUACAGACACAAAGCAAAAUCAUCAGCUAUGAAGGCUGCAUCACCCAGAUGUGUUUUUUCUUGGUUUUUGUGUAUUUGGACCACUUCCUCCUCACUGUGAUGGCCUAUGACCGGUUUGUGGCCAUCUGCCACCCUCUGCACUACACAGUCAUCAUGAACCCUCACCUCUGUGCCCUGCUGGCUCUAAUCUCUUGGGUCCUCAGUGUCCUAGUCUCCCUCCUGCACAGUCUGAUGAUAUUGCAUCUCUCGUUCUGCACACACACAAAAAUUCCUCACUUCUUCUGCGAAUUUGCUCAGGUGCUCAAGUCUGCCUGUUCUGAUACUCUGAGCAAUUACAUUGUGCUGUAUUCUGUGACUGGCCUGCUGGGUGUUAUUCCACUGACUGGGAUCUUUUUCUCUUAUGCUAAGAUUAUUUCUGCCAUACUCAAAAUGUCCUCAGCUGAGGGGAAGUACAAAGCUUUUUCCACCUGUGGGUCUCACCUAACAGUCAUUUCCUUAUUCUAUGGGACAGGGUUAGGAGUGUAUCUCAGUUCUGCCUUCUCCCCUUCCUCCUCAAAGGGGGCAGUUGCCUCAGUGAUGUGCACCGUGGUCAUCCCCAUGCUGAACCCCUUCAUCUACAGCUUGAGGAACAGGGACAUGAAAGGGGCCCUGAGGAGACUUGUAAGCAGGUCUUUUUUCUCCCUGUAA